AUGCAGCCUACAACCCACCUCUUCCUCGCCCUGCUCGGCCUUCCUCUGGCGGUCAGCGCCGCCGCCGUGCCAGCAGUCCCGAGCCCCCCUCACGGUCCCAACGGCGAGACCGCCGUGACCAAUUGGCUGCCCAAGCCCGACGGCAUCGACGACGCGCCGCACCCAGACGAGGUCGUCAACCCGAGCGUCGAUUUCGGCGGCGCCAGCCUCGAGAAGCGGGAGCAGUGCGCCAUCCGGAUCAGAUGGGAGAGCAACUGGGACGAGUUCGGCCGGCGGUACCGCGUCAACGCUCAAGCCAUACCCGACCCCGCGAGCAGCAACGCGUGGAACUCGUGGAGGAUGGCCGAGGACUGGGCCCUCAGGUGCCGCUCCAUGCCCCACACGAACUGGCCCAACAAUCCUGCCGCCUGGCAGGACGCCAACGACCCGGCCAGGGCUACGUGCGACGUCUCCUUCGUCCACGGCUCGACCGGCUAUGAUCAGUACAAGUGGUGGCAUCAAGGGACUGUCGACUCCUGGGCAAGGGCUUACCCUGGUUGCAUCGUCGAUAUGCAGAUCUAA